AUGCCCAACUGCACUCUGCACUCUCUGCCACUCCACUACAACGACGAGGAGGCCAGCGUUGCGCUGGGGCUCGACCAGAGCGUCAUUAAUUCCUACCCCAGGUUCCAGUUCGACAGGGACAACGCGCGGAAUAGUAACGGGAAUAACAACACGUGCUCCAUAUGUUUGUGCGAGUACAAGGAUUCGGAGAUGCUCAAGAUGAUGCCCGAGUGCCGCCAUUUCUUCCACCUUUGUUGCCUCGAUUCCUGGCUCAGACUCAGAGGCACCUGCCCCGUUUGCCGCAACUCGCCGCUCCCGCCGUCGCUCUCCACGCCGCUGCAGGAGGUGGUGCCGCUCUCUCAGUACGCCGUCGAUAGAAGGCGAAGUAGGUGACUUUUUUUUUCUUUUUUUUUGAACUUUUUGGGUUAAUUUGUGAUGUAGGCUUUGCCUUUUUUUUGGUUGUUGGGAGGAGAUUUUUGAAGUUUUGAUUUUUAUUUUAAUUUUUAACCAUCUCCACGGGAAUAUCCCUGCAGAAACUGAUCUUCUUUCAAAACUAAGCUAUUUGAAUUUGUCUUGGAAUGAUCUUCAAUCACAGAUGCCUCCAGAAUUUGGCCUCCUUCAGAAUCUAGCAGUUUUGGAUAUUCGAAACAGUGGCUUGCGUGGUUCAGUUCCAGCAGAUAUAUGCGACUCAGGCAAUUUAGUUGUCCUCCAACUAGAUGGAAAUUCAUUGCAAGGGAAUAUUCCAGAAGAGAUUGGGAAUUGGGCAUCGCCGUUUGACGUGGCAAACGUGGCAGAGAGUGCAGAGUGCAGUUGGGCAUCGCCGUUUGCCACAUAUACUAAAACUUAACGCCGUCCAUUUUUAAGGACUAAUACUAAUAGUUUCAAAACUACGAGGAUUAAAAACCAUCAAAGUUUCGAAUAGGGACUAAAACCAAAAUCGUGUGAUACUUAAGGGACGAAAAA